AUGGCUUUUUCAAAGUUGAUCUCCCGUUUAAAGAAAGCGUUUGGUAUCAAGUGUGCACACGAACAACCCCGUGAGCCACUCAAACCCACCGGCAACACGACAGAAAGUCAUCCGAUAACCGAUGACCCGCCCGUCGUUGCAAGAAAACAGGCAGGGAGACAGAAAAAGAAAAUUAAGAAAAACAAAUUUUCUUCCCUCUUCCUAGCCUGUUUCUCCAGAAGAGCUACUGUUGAUGAUACGCUCUCUGUGCUGGAGAUCCACGACCUUCAGGACGAGCCGAUCAGUAGCUCGAAAUUCUUUCACACUGCUGUGAACAAUCUGGAGCUGGAGGUUCUCCAACCUUCAAUUCUUGAUGCUCCAGCAGAUGAAGACUUGGACUCUACUGUAAAAUCUGAAGCGAACAGUUUUGAACCUUCAGUGAGCCAGCAGUUCUCAACAGAUGGCAUCUUUGAAAUGAUCAGCGCAGACUCUGUUGAGGUUGACAUUGACUCUGCACUGGAUGAAGACUCGGACCCUUCACUGAAUCAGAAGGGCUCACAAGAUGACUCCGCUGUGAAGUCUACAGGUGCCAUUGACACUGAGUCAGCACUGUGUCCUAAAUCAGAUGAUGGGACCUGUUUGAACAAUAAUGACAUCAGCUCCCGCUACAAACUGGGAAAGCAGCUCGGUGAAGGAGGUUUCGGCUCUGUUUUUGAGGGGAUCCGCAUACAGGAUGGUCUGCAGGUGGCUGUUAAAUUUGCCCAAAAGACACCAAAUAGGCGAGAUCUCUGCUCUUCUGAUGACCAGCCACUAGAGAUCACCUUGGCAAGUAUGGCCAGCAGUGGCUCCAGGUGUCACAAUAUUAUUGAGCUCCUAGAUUGGCAGGUGUUCAAAAACCAUUACGUCAUGGUCAUGGAACGGCCUACGCCAAGUAUGGAUCUGGAGGCAUUCCUGCAACUCAACGGAGGCGUCCUCAGCGAGCAAACAGCACAAACUAUCAUGGGCCAAGCUGUAUAUGCUGCCAAUGUUUGUUGUUACCGUGGGGUAUUCCACAGGGACAUAAAGCUACAAAACCUGCUUGUGAACCCAAUAACGCUGGAGGUUAAACUGAUCGACUUCGGCUGCGGUGAUUUCAUGAUGGAAUCAGCAUACUCCACCUUUUCUGGCACAGAAGCAUACAUCCCGCCAGAGUUUUACGAAAGAGGAUGUUACCAAGCCAUACCAGCAACAGUCUAUUCUCUUGGGGUUCUUCUCUUUACAAUGCUGCAUGGAGAUUUCCCAUCGGCAUAUGACCUGUACUACCUUGAGCAUGACUGGUCCAAAUUUACCCUCUCUCAAGAAUGCUGUGAUCUGAUGUGGGCUUGUCUGCAGCAGAAUCCAGAGCACAGAAUUCUUCUUGGACAGAUGCCUUACCACGACUGGCUCAUGCUGGAGUAGCCAG